AUGGCGGCAACCGCAGACGGCCAAUUGGCACAGUCCGCCGACGAGAAGUUUGCAUUGAUCAAGAACAAUCUGCAAGAAGUGCUCAAUCCCGAAAUCAUUGAAGAAGUUCUGACGAAGAAUGAGCGCCCUCUCCGCAUCUACUGGGGCACCGCAACGACCGGCAAGCCUCACUGCGGCUACUUCGUUCCUAUGCUCAAGAUCGCCGAGUUCCUGGCUGCCGGCUGCGAAGUGAAGGUGCUCUUGGCGGACGUGCAUGGCUUCCUCGACAACCUCAAGGCACCAAUCGAGCUCGUCAACUUCCGCGCCGACUACUACCGACACUGCAUCACCGCCGCCCUCAAGGCCGUCAACAUUGAUGUGUCGCGGCUGAAGUUCGUGCUUGGCUCAUCUUACCAGACGACGGGCGAGAGCGGGGCCAAGUACUUCAUGGAUCUGCUUCGACUCAGCACUUCUGUUUCUGGCCACGACGCCAGCAAAGCUGGCUCAGAAGUCGUCAAGCAAGUCGAGGCUCCUCCGCUUUCAUCUCAGAUCUACCCACUCAUGCAGGCACUCGAUGAGGAGUACCUUGGUGUGGAUGCACAGUUUGGCGGCGUCGAUCAGCGGAAGAUCUUCACGCUUGCAGUCGAAGCAUUACCUCGUGUUGGAUUUGCGAAGCGCGCGCACUUGAUGAAUCCUCUCAUUCCUGGUCUGCAAGAAGGCGGCAAGAUGUCUAGCUCCGAUCCAGAUUCCAAGAUCGACCUGAUCGACCCACCAGAAGUUGUCAAGAAGAAGCUGAAGAAAGCCUUCUGUCCACCAAAGCAAGUGGAGGGCAACGGCGUUCUCAGCUUUGUCGAGUAUGUGCUCCUUCCAGCAUCGGCGCUCAAGAACAACGGCACGCCCAAAUUUGUUGUGCCACGUCGCGACGCACAGCCACUCGAAUACGCCAACAUCAAGCAAAUGCACGAUGACUAUCUGGCAGACGUACUGCAACCUCAGUCACUCAAGCCUGCCGUCACCGAAGCGCUCUUGGAGAUUCUUGAGCCAAUCCAGAAGGACUUCGCUCAAAGCAAAGAGUGGCAGGAGAUCGAGCAGAAAGCUUACCCUCCGCCACCUGCUCCCGAGAAGAAAAAGAAGAAGGAGAAAAACCUUGGCUCGCGGUUUCCCGGCGCAAAGAAGGAGAAUGGAGCGAUCGAAGUGAAGCCGGAUGGCAGCAUUGAAGGCCCUGGUGCACACGAGGCAAGCGUCGGCAGGACUACCGAAGAUGCGAUGAGCAAGCUGAGUGUCGCGGAGACUGAAAAGGCGUAGCAAUUCAGUGAGCUGUUCCUGUUCAGGGCAAUAGAAACUGUGUUCAUUCUGUGUCAUGCUGAACGUCUGAUGCAGUUACAAACGAAGUCUACAUUUAUGAUCC